AUGAGGUUUCUCUGCCUCCAUGGCCAUGGCACCAAUUCUUCCAUCCUCGAGGCUCAGCUAGAGCCCAUCAGAGCGUAUCUUCCGAGAAACUGGGAGUUCGAAUUCCUGGAUGGCGAAAUGGAGACCGAACCAGCGCCUGGAGUCGACGCAAUCUUCCCCGGACCUUAUUUUGGCUAUCAUGGCGAGCCAAUACCCGACGACGUUCAAAAUGCGUACGACCUCGUGCUGGAGGUAGUCCGAGAAGAGGGCCCCUUUGACGGGGUGCUUGGUUUCUCCCAGGGAGCAGCCGUGGCCUCGACGCUUCUUCUCAACCACGCAAGAACCAACCCGACCGAGGAACUAUUCAAGAUGGGGGUCUUUAUAUCUACAACGAUGCCCUUCGACUUGGGGUCUGGGAAGUUGAAACUCACGUACGACCCCGCGCACCGAGAGCUGUCCGCCAUCCACCAGGGCGCGGAGGGAAACGAGAUCGGAGACGAUCACAUAGAUUGGAUGACUGAUGUUCGGUCGAAGGGAGUGAUUGACGAGUUUGAGGCCCGACGACCGAUGGCUGCCAGCGCCAAGGAAGCGACGAGUGUCGAUGUCCUGCUGAGGUUUCAUCCAACCACGCAUACCCGGCGGAUCAAAAUCCCGACUGCUCAUGUCAUUGGGGAGAAGGAUCAGUAUGCCGACCAUGGCAGGGCCCUCGUAGGAAUGUGUGAGCCGAGAUUGGCACAUGUGGUGACGCAUGACGGCGGCCAUCAGCUUCCCAGGAGUACAUCCACGGUUGCAAAGGUGGCUGGUGCGAUUCAGAUCGCAGUUGAACAGAUGCAGUUCCAAACUUGA